ACUGACCACCCAGAUUCAGCUACUGGGGGUUGGAUAAUGGUCAUGGCGAGUUUCACAGUUACCCCCAACUCAAUCUCCUCCUCCGUCCUCCGCCUUCAGUCUCCGUCACAGAUAUCCCCUCUUUUCCCAAGCUAUCAACACCAAUUGGGCGGCGGCGGCAGUUGCCGCAGAAACAGAGGUUCAUUGGUAGUGACAAAAGGCGGACCCCCAGGAACCAGCACUUACAUCUUCGCCUUCGUCUUUCCACUCUCUCUUCUCGCUGUAACAAUCUUCACUGCCAUCAACAUCUCCGAUAAACUCGACAGAGAAUUCAUUGAAGAUCUAGCAGUUAAUGAAUCGAUAUUAGAAGCUCAGGAUGAAGAUGAAGAAGUUGUGAUUCAAACUGAUGAAGAGCUUCCUCGACCACGAACUCGCAACAGGCCCAAACGAGAAGCUGAGGUGUCAGGUAGGUAGUUCAUUUCUUUGGUGGGUUGAACGAAACUGAGUUAUCUUGAUUAAAUUUGAAAGAGUUAAUCUUCAUUUCUACAAUAUUAUGCUUGAUUCAACAUAAUCUUGUAAUCUAAGUCACAUUAUAUGUAUAGUUCUAGUGUGCUUCCACCAAAUGUUCUCUAACGCUAUAUUCAAAUAAGAA